GGGCGGCCUGGCGAGGUGUUUACCCGCGGUGCAUCGUGGGGCAGUCUCCUCGGGCAACCCCGGCCCAACAGCCGCCCAGAGGCUGUGCUGAGCUGGCGCAGCGGCGGCUGCAGCAUGAGCCGGACCCCGGUAUCGUCUGCGCCCCAGUCGAGUGUAGACUACUACGAGAGGCUGGGCCAACUCCAGCACGGGCUGCGGGACAGUGAAAAGAAGAGAUUGGACCUGGAAAAGAAACUUUAUGAAUAUCAUCAGUCUGAUACAUACAGAGUUAAGCUGAAAUAUGUGAAACUAAAGAAUUAUCUGAAGGAAAUAUGUGAAUCUGAAAAGAAGGCUCAUAUUCGAAAUCAAGAAUAUUUAAAGCGAUUGGAGCAUGUCCAAGCUCAUGUUGGGCACUUCACCACAAAUACAGAGAAGCUUCAGAAACUGAAGAUUGAAUAUGAGACUCAAAUUAAGAAGAUGCUGCUCGAAAAAGAUAGCCUAGGACUAAAAUGUGAACUGAAAGAUGAAGACAGAGAAAAGGUUGCAGUGCAGGAGGGAAUUAACUCAGGAAUAGCCAUGUCGAGAGGAUUGUAUCAACCAGCAGCAAUUUUUAUGGGCCGCCAAAUGUCAGCCGUCUCAAGCAUGGGAGAUUGCAGUACAGAGCACAAAUCUCCCCAACCCACAAAGAACUUUUCAAUUCCUGACCUACAUUCACACCAACAGACAGCCCAGAGCAGUAAUGUGACAGACAGCUGUGUAGUACAAACUAGUAGUGACACACAGUGCUUAAAUAAGUCUGACAACAUAGAUGGAAAGGCAUCUCUUCAGACUGGUGAGAAAACGCCAGUCACAGCCAGUGUAUUGUCUGAGGAGGAAAAAACUCAUUGCUUGGAGAUAGGAAGUAACACAUGUCGUGGCAAGAGUAAUUUAUCUGAAGGCAAAAAGUCUGCUGAACUCAAUUCCCCAUUACAGGAAAGAUUAAGUCCAGAGAACAGAACCACUGAUUUAAAGUGUGACAGUUCCAGCAGAUCAGGGGGAUCAGAGGGAGAAAUACUGACACGGGAACAUAUUGAAGUUGAGGAAGAAAGAGCCAGCCCACCAGUCUCUCCGAUAUCAGUUUCAGAAUACCGUGGAUCUGAAACUAAGUGGUCUCAAGAGAAGCAUUCUGCUUGGGAAGGUGUUUCAGAUCAUCUUGCUCAUGGGGACCCAGAGUCACAAAAGCCCUUCAGAAAAAUGCAGGAAGAGAAGGAGGAGGAAAGUUGGAGCACCAGCAGUGACCUCACCGUUUCUAUAAGUGAAGAUGAUCUGAUUUUAAAGAGCCCGGAACCACAGCCAAAUCCGGAUGGCAAGGUGGAGGGAGAAGAUGGAAUAGAGGCGUUAAAAUUAAUCCACUCUGAGCAAGAAAGAGAUGCCCUAUCUACUGAAAAAAAUAAUUGUAUUUUGCAAACCCUAAGCUCUCCUGAUUCAGAAAAGGAAUCUUCCACUAACGCACCAAUAAGAAAACCUGGACAAGCACCAGACUUAAGCAGACCGAGAGCACAGGUGGGUCAGCAUGUUGCCACCUUGAAAGAACAUGAUAAUUCUCUCAAAGAAGAGGCAACAGCAUUAUUGAGAAAAGCCCUUACAGAAGAGUGUGGCCAUAGGUCAACUAUUCACAGUAGUGAAUCAUCUUGCAGCUUGUCAUCUAUUCUGAAUAGCAAUAGUGGAGUAAAGGAACCCAAACCUGCUGUAUGGCUCAACAGUGUUCCUACAAGGGAACAAGAAGUUUCAAGUGGCUGUGGAGACAAGAGCAAGAAAGAAAAUGUGGCUGCAGAUGUCCCAAUCACAGAAACAGAAGCCUACCAGUUGCUGAAGAAGGCUACCCUUCAGGAUAAUACAAAUCAAACUGAAAGCAGGUUUCAAAAGGCAGAUGCUCCUGUGUCACACUUGUCAGGUUUGAACAUUGGCAGCGGUGCAUUCGAGACAAAGACAACUAACAAAAUUGCUUCGGAAGCUAGUUUUUCAUCUAGCGAAGGAAGUCCUUUGUCAAGAAAACCUUUGCCAACCUCUGUCUUACAAGAUGGAAACAUUACUUCUACACUCUCAGCAAAGAUUAGGCAGUCAGAUUCCAAGCACAUAAGACCACAUGGUGACCAUAUCCCAUGGCCUACACCCUUCACUCUGAUUUCUUUUACUUUCUGAAAUGCAGUUUUGUUAUUAUUUCAUCUACUCUAGUAGACAAAGUCGUUGGCUCUAUCCAGGACACCAGAGAAAGUUCUCAGGCUUCUCCAUCAACCUUGCCUUAGCUUUACAUAUUAGGUAUGACCUAAAGAAAAAAAAAGUUGACCCUAAGAAUUCUGUAUAAUAAAAAAUCAACCUUGAAUUGCAGGGUCACAUUGACUUUCAGAGAUUUUCUCAAAAGGAACAAUAAUUGCCCCUUCAAUGUGAGAGUUGAGAACAAAACACUGGAAAGCACCCUCUGCCUUUCUCCGUGGGUAGAUCACGCACCACGCACAUUUAGCUCUGAAACAUGUUUCCUGUGAGUAAACCAAUAACACAGACAAUUAAGAACCAUUACACAAUUAAUUCACAUUUCACUGGGAUGUUUACUGGCUCCCUGUGGCUUAAAUGUUCUCAAAGCCACACUGUAUAACCACAGGACAGACAGAAAAAGCAAGUUCAAGUGGCCUCAUAGAGACAUGGCUUCAGGAAAUCAUUUUUUCCUAGAGUACCACAUGCAGAAGUGAGAUCCCUGAAAUGCGCAGUGGGUCACCUCCGUGGCAGGACUCGGCGUUGCUGGCUGAUUGCUUUUGAUGAGUUAAGUGACUACUAACACACACUCGCAUAGAUGGUUCUCAUGCGUCUGUGUUUACAGCAUUGUACGUGACUUUUUUCCUUUCCUCCCCCACCUUUAGCUUUUCUGGGUUUUUAUUUUUAUUUUUCUUUGUCAGCAGGAAAGCCAAAGAAACUUGAACUUGAUUCUGAAGUGUAAUAUUAAAUAGAAAUAGGCAAAUUAAGUAUUGUAUAAUUGAAUAUUGAUCAAAUGCCUUUAAUCAGGGCCCUCAGCUUAGUGAGGAGCACUUGUUCAUUCCAAGUGAACAUGUUCAUUAAUCACCUGUUAAGUGCUGUGCACCGCAUUACCCAGGUGAGCUGAAACAGGUGUCGUCACUGCGUGCAUGGAGCUUGCAGUCAGAGGGGAAAGGGUGGCCCAUCAGUUCACUGCACAAGUGAAUGUGAAACAGCAACUUGAUGAGGACUCAGUGGUGAAGACAGGGAGUCGGAAGUGGGAAGGCUCCAGCGGGACAGCACGACACCCCUGGGGAUCCACCUUGGACUGCUUGGGAUUUAGGUCUUUGAGCAGAAAUCAGUGGCAAGGCAUUGAAGAUUUUAAGCGAGGAAGUGGAGUGACCAGAUUUGCAUUUUAGAAAGCUCACUCUUAAUUGCCUAGUGGAAAGUGGAUUGUAGGGGACAAGAUGAGUGUGUCACCAGUUAGGAGGUUGUUGCAGAGACAGAAGUAAGAGCUGAUAGUUUUGUUGACCAGUAUGGUGGCAGUGCCCAGGGAACUGGCAAGGACUGCACGAAGUCUUGUGGAAGUUUGGGAGGAAUAGCAGGACAAGGGCCAGUGUGGAGAAAAGAGGAGUGGAGACUGGAGAGAGGCUUGGGAGGACUAGUGGGUCGGGGUGCCGUUCGCUGAGAUGGGAGGAAGGGCCUGGUCUGGCAGAGAGGAUGGUGAGUUUGGUUGUGGAUGGGAGCGUUGACCAUGAGGCACUUCGGAGGAGCUACAUGAAGCCACCAAGUGGGCACUGAAUGUGUUUCUUUCUGGAGCUCAGAGAAGUGACCCAGGACAUGGGCACCUGGCUGAGCUCUCCUGCCACUGUGUCCUUUCUCCUGUGUCCUGGACUCCCUGCUGCCCCACCACACCACACCUUGUUCCUCAGUCCCAGCCUGUGAAGGCCUCUGCCUUGGGAGGCACCUGGCUUCCUCUGCGGUCUUGCAGCUCCCCCAUCGCCGCCACAGUGCUCUCAGUCCCCCCAGCCAGCAAAGCUCUCUACCCCUCCCGCUGUGGCUCUUCUUGUAUGGACCACAGCUGGCAAAUUAGGCUCUUUCUACUCCUCCUAGAGUUUUAUAAUCCACCCUCCCCUGCAGCACCUAGCCCUGUGUCCUCAGGUAUCGGGAGGUGGGGAAAUAAUAGACAUCCCCACAGUUGCAUUUGUGUGUGUGUGUGUGCGUGUGUGUGUGUGUGUGUGUGUGUGUGUGUGUGUCACUUUCUGUAAAAUGGGUUCUUGCAGGCUCACCUCACUGGCAGGUCCCCACAAUCCUGGCAGCUCCAGGACUGUCAUUCAGCUGCUGACCCUUCCAGAUGCUCAUAGAGGUCUUCCAUGCUUCAUGGAGAAAUGGCUGUGAGCACUACUCAGUCAUGGUAAUUAAAGAAACAAGCACUAAGUUUACAGCGAACACUGAAAGAUAGCCUAGAAAAUGAUACCUUAGUGGAGCAUGUUUUUCUG